UAUGAAUAAGGUGCCGUAAACGUUUUCCAUUCGCCACAAACAUCCAAUUAUUGAAAGCCGUAUCUGAGGCAAAACAAAUUUAUUUCACGAAUUCUCGGGAGAAGUCGAUGAAAUUUGUCAUGUCCCAUUGGGUUUCUGGAAAAGAUUUUUUGGUUUCCAACAAUCUCUCUACUUUUUAGUUUCAGCUAUUUUUGGCUUCCCUUUAUUUGAUUUUCUUAUUCCUUCAAGAAUUCCAAAAUUUUGAUCAAAACGCGUGAAUCCCAUCUCAAGAAUAUAUAGUUCUAAUCACGACUAACAACAUCGUCAAUCUUAUUGAAAACAAAUUUUCUUGGAAUUUUACCAACCAUGGCCAAAAAUGAUUCUGUUGUUCUCGUAGCUGAGGAUGUUAAGGACCCCUUAUUACAGUCGAUGAAUAGUGAUCAUAGCAGCGAUGAUAAAGAGGAAAAUGGUGAGGAGUUGCUUAAUGGAGCAUCGUUCAUUGGGGGAGUUUUCAACUUGUCGACAACCAUUAUCGGUGCUGGGAUGAUGGCAUUGCCUGCUACAAUGAAAGUUUUAGGCCUUGGCCUUGGCAUUGGGAUUAUUGUUUUUGUUGCAAUCUUGACAGAAUUGUCAGUUUCAAUGCUGUUAAGGUUUAGUAAGGCUGCAGGGUCAACUUCUUAUGGAGGUGUCAUGGGACGUGCAUUUGGAAUUGGUGGGAGAAAGCUUCUACAAGUUUGUGUUUUGAUCAAUAAUGUUGGUUUGCUCGUUGUUUACAUGAUCAUUAUCGGUGAUGUGCUAUCAGGGACGUCCUCUAGUGGAGUUCGUCAUGCCGGGGUCUUGCAGGGCUGGUUUGGAGAACACUGGUGGAAUGAAAGAGUAUUUGUGAUUCUUUUGACAACUCUUUUUGUGUUUUGUCCAUUAUGCUGUUUAAAGAGAAUUGAUUCAUUGAGAUUUACGUCUGGCAUAGCAGUUGCCUUGGCUGUUGUAUUCCUAGUGAUUAUAGCAGGAAUGACAAUUUUUAAAGUGGUGGAAGGAAGUAUCGCAAUGCCCAGAUUACUCCCUGAUGUCACUGAUAUUAAUUCUGUUUGGCAACUCUUCACAGUAGUUCCGGUUAUUGUUACAGCUUAUGUCUGCCAUUUUAAUGUGCACAGUAUCGACAAUGAGCUUGAUGAUGAUUCUUCAAUACAACCUAUCGUUCAGACUUCACUAUUUGUAUGCUGCAUGAUUUACGUCAUGACAAGCUUGUUUGGGUUCCUGCUUUUUGGUGAUUCCACUCUUGAGGAUGUGCUAGCUAACUUCGACACAGACCUUGGUAUUCCGUAUGGCUCUCUGCUCAAUGACAUUGUUCGUGUCAGCUAUGCUCUCCAUCUUAUGCUUGUUUUCCCAGUUCUAUUCCACCCUCUUCGCCUCAAUUUGGAUGGACUUCUGUUCCCAUCUGCUGGGCCUUUGGUCCUAAGUAAGCAGAGGUUUCUAUUGGUUACAAUGGGGAUGAUUUUUGUUGUGUACUUGGGUGCCAACUUUAUUCCCAACAUUUGGGAUGUUUUCCAAUUCAGUGGAGCAACCGCCGCAGUUUGCCUUGGUUUUAUCUUUCCUUCUGCUAUUGCUUUGAGGGAUGUUCACGGCAUUGCCACUAAGAAGGACAAGGUCUUGUCUGUUUUCAUGAUUUGUCUAGCUGUAUUUGCUAACAUGGUCGCUAUAUAUAGCGAUAUCCAAGCAUUAUUCAAGAAGAAUGCACUUCCGAGGCAGCGACAUCUCACUUGGGGCUACAAAUAGAGAGUUGCUAGAGCACUUUCUGCAAUAGUAUUGCAUCAUAUAGCACAAUUUGUUUGAAUAUCUCCAGUGUAUGGUGUUGACAAAGAGUACAAGUAUCAAUUGGGAUGCCGCUGUACGAUGUUGCAGUAGUGAAUCCAUAGUUCACAACUGGAAUCCAUAGUAGUGAACGGUCUGCAUGACAGUUUUUUUGUCAUUUCUUUUCCUUCCUUUUUUUUAUUAAUGUAAUGUUCAUUUGAUUCGUGAUUGGAAACCCCCUAUUUCAUUACCUUCUAGUAUUACUCGAUCCAAUUUUUGGGUUGGAAAA